AUGCACUUAUUCCAUCCUUCUUGGCAGACCAAUAUAUUAUGCAUUUGUUUGCCAAAAUCCCUUAUAUUCGUCGCUCAAAACGGCUUAGGAAAUAAUGUGUCAAAAAAAAAGCUGCAGUAUAAUAGCGACCCGUUUUUCUUAUCAGUCAACCAUUUUGUUUAUUGCCCAAACUACCCCAGAGCAUCAUCCACAAGCAUGUCUCACUCACUGACUUCAGUUUUCCAAAAAAUCGACGCCUUGAAGCCUCAGUUCUUCAACAGACUGACCAAGGCCAUUCAAAUCCCUGCGGUUUCUUCAGACGAAUCAUUAAGGCCUAAGCUUUUCGAAAAAGCCAAGUUUAUCUCCGAGCAAUUGUCCCAAUCAGGGUUCUAUGACAUCAAGUUGGUGGACCUGGGCAUUCAGCCUCCACCAAUCGCUACACCCAACUUGUCUCUGCCACCUGUGAUCCUGUCUAGGUUCGGCAACGACCCUGCGAAGAAGACCGUAUUAGUAUAUGGUCAUUAUGAUGUCCAGCCUGCUCAAUUGGACGACGGUUGGGAUACUGAGCCCUUUAAGCUGAUUAUUGAUGAAGCUAAUGGCAUUAUGAAAGGUAGAGGGAUCACCGAUGACACUGGUCCAUUGUUGUCCUGGAUCAACGUUGUGGAAGCGUUCAGUGCAUCCGGGAAAGAGUUCCCCGUUAACCUGGUCACCUGUUUCGAAGGUAUGGAGGAAAGUGGUUCUUUAAAACUGGAUGAACUGAUCGAAAAGGAAGCCACUGGCUACUUCAAAGGCGUGGACGCUGUCUGCAUCUCCGAUAAUUAUUGGCUAGGCACCAAGAAACCUGUUUUGACUUACGGUCUAAGGGGUUGCAACUACUAUCAAACUAUCAUUGAAGGUCCAGGCGCUGAUUUGCACUCCGGUAUCUUUGGGGGUGUUGUCGCCGAACCAAUGAUCGACUUGAUGCGCGUCUUGGGUUCUCUUGUAGAUUCCAAGGGUAAAAUCUUGGUUGACGGUAUUGAUGAAAUGGUUGCUCCUUUGACUGAAAAGGAAAAGGCCCUAUACAAGGAUAUAGAAUUCAGCGUAGAAGAGUUGAACGCUGCUACCGGCUCCAAGACUAGUUUGUACGAAAAGAAGGAAGACAUCUUGAUGCAUAGAUGGAGAUACCCUUCAUUAUCCAUUCAUGGUGUAGAAGGUGCCUUUUCCGCUCAAGGUGCGAAGACUGUCAUCCCAGCAAAGGUCUUUGGUAAAUUCUCUAUCAGAACGGUUCCAGACAUGGACUCUGAAAGACUGACCUCUUUGGUUCAAAAGCACUGUGAUGCCAAAUUCAAGUCGUUGGGCUCCCCAAACAAAUGUAGGACUGAACUAAUUCAUGAUGGUGCCUACUGGGUUUCGGAUCCAUUCAAUGCUCAAUUUACCGCUGCCAAGAAGGCCACCAAGUUGGUCUACGGCGUUGAUCCUGAUUUCACCAGAGAGGGUGGCUCUAUCCCAAUUACUUUGACCUUUGAAAAGGCCUUGAAGACAAGUGUCUUGCUGUUACCAAUGGGUAGAGGUGAUGACGGUGCCCAUUCAAUCAACGAGAAGUUGGAUAUUUCCAACUUUAUUGGCGGUAUGAAAACUAUGGCUGCUUACUUGCAGUACUACGCUGAAUCGCCAGAAAACUAA